GGUGUUGGAAAUGGGAUUCGCCUGGUGAUCCCAGAUAUUGGGAUGUUGAUUGGGAGCUUGGCUGCUUUUAUCAUGUGUCGGAAAUUGGUGAUCGUCCCCAGGACGGAUAAUGGAGUCCAAGAUCAUGUCAAGGACGUGGGUCAGAGUGGGCCUGAGGAAGAAGUGGAAGGCACAGAAUCCGAAGAAGAAACAAGCUCGGAGUCAGAUUCUGCAGAGUACGAAGAAGAGGAAGAGGAAGAAGAAGAGGAAGAAACAUUGACUGAAGACAAAGCAGGCAACAAGCAAAGACUGGCCUGGAGGCUAACUUUAUUAAUGAUGGGGAUUAAGGAGAUGAUUGGAGACCUGAUCAUUACCGCAGGGAAAGCUAUUGUUACCAUUCUACUAUGUUUUGCAGGUAUUGUACAUCCAUCGCUCAUCUCUGCUGUCUACUUCUUCACCUUCCUGGGGCUGUGCUCGUGGUGGGCCUGUGCACGAGCCUUCCAUCUCCUGCUCUUCAAACGCUUGUGUCUACUGAUGCAGUUCUUCAGCGGCAGCCACUUGGCCCUGAUCUACCUCUACCAGCUGCCGUUCCUCCAGGGGCUACUUCCACCCAACAAUAUUUGGAUGAGGUUAUUUGGUUUGACAGCGGUGAUUCACACCAACAUGUCGGAACCAUGGGCACUAAUGACCCACCAGGGUCUUCACUGGCCUGUGGUUCUAAACCCCAUCGUGCUCCUGAUUCUGUACUUCACCGUCACCACUUUAACUCGACAACUGCUCCUCAGCGACGAGUCAGAGGCCGAGCUUCCAAAGGUGGAGAUCAGCUCUAUAGAAGACGUGACGGACAAUGCCCAUGCUGCAGCAACCUUGCAGAUGGUUGAAAAUGAGAGCAAAAAGCAGCCAAUGGUUUAUUCAGGAAGCGGCCACACAGUGCAGUUGGCUGUUCCCUUCUACAAACAGCAAGCAAACAAUAACUGUGUGCCGGUGCAGAGGUACAGCUCCUCAGAGUAUUCUCCGUGUUCCUCUGGCUCUGAUGUGUUCCGAGUGAGUGAACGUGCAGAGGAUGAGACUGAGAAAGCAGCCGGCAGCCUGUCGAUCGCUGCUCGCAUGGUGAUGCAGCAGAGUUACACCUGUGCACUCAUCUUCAUGAUGAUCUGGAGCAUCACUUACAAUAGCUGGCUGACCUUUGCCCUGCUGAUCUGGUCCUGUGUCAUCUGGAUGAUCCGAGAUCGCCAGCGAUGGACAAAGCUGAGCUCUCCUGUCCUGGUGGUCUAUGGCAAUUUGCUGGUGAGCCAGCAGUUCUUUGUGGGCUUGCAGCUCACUGAAGAUGAGCUUUUCCCUGGAGUGUCUGAUGCUGUCCUCAUCGACUUUGACCUGAGGAAGUCAAACACACCAUGUGUGCACCUGGCGGCCAAGAUCUUCUACACCUUCACCUUUUGGCUCCUGCUGCGGCAGCACUUGAUCGAGAGAAAGGAAAGGAGUAAACUGUCUCAGGGGUCGCUCAGUGAGGUCCGGGUUCAGGGAACAGCAGGUGCACAGAAGGAUGGGACACUGAUGACAAUGAUUGGCUGUGUUGUUAAGGGAUUAUUGAUAAAAUACUGGAUCUAUUUCUGCUCAGCCAUGUUCUUCAUCGUUAGCUUCAAUGGUCGAGUCGUGGUCUACAAGAUUCUCUACAUCAAGCUGUUUCUUUUCUGCAUGGCUCUGUAUCAGAUACAUUACGACUGGUGGCGCCGGAUCCUGAGAUACUUCUGGAUCACUGUGGUGUCUUACUCAAUGGUGGUGCUCAUCGCUAUCUACAUGUACCAGUUCAAGACGGUCUCUUGGCUCUUUCAGCGGAUAAUGGGAAUGUCCCAGGACAGCUUGAAGGACCUGGGCUUGGAGCAGUAUAGUACUGCCGAACUGUUUGCCAAUAUUCUGCUGCCCUCAGUCUUCCUCCUGGCCUGCAUCCUCCAGCUUCAUUACUUCCAUGGUCAUUUCCUCCGCCUCACUGAUUUAAGCCAGAUCAACCUCAGACAAGAUAACAUAAUCUGCAGCUUUAAAGCUGAAGCUAUGAGGUUGACCAAAAGGUUGAAUGAUAAGCACCGUGAAAACAUUCGAAGCAGGAGUUCCACAUUGGACAAGCUCAGCUUUGACGACGAGAAGCCAAGUUUGGAGCUGGAGGACGAGCUGGAUAUGGAAGAUCCUAGUCCCUGGAGCAUGGUGAUAGACAGGCUGGCCGCACUGUUUGUGAGGUUCCUGGAGCUGAUGCAGCAAGCCCAGGUGUUGGUGUGGAGACUGCUGGAACUCCACAUCGUCAAGAUCGUCUCAUCCUUCAUUGUCUGGAUCGCACUAAGAGAGGUCUCAUUGUUGAACUACGUCUUCCUGCUGCUUUGGGUCUUUGCUCUGCCCUACUCCUCAUUCCGCCCUCUGGCAUCCAGCGUCUCGACCGUGUGGGCCUGUCUCAUGAUUAUCUGCAAGAUGAUGUACCAGCUGAAGGUUGUCAAGGUGUCAAAGUACUCGACAAACUGCACUCUGAAUGGAAGCCAGGAGAUGGAGCCCAUGUCCCCUCUGUAUGCCGGGCCCAUCGACCCUGCAUAUUGGUAUGGAGCGCUGAAGAAAUGUGAAGAUAAUGUCAUGCCCUGUCUAAAGAGCCACCUGAUCAUCUUGGGUUUGCUGGCGUUCGAAGUGACUAUUUAUCACCAUCAACGUUACUACAGGAUCCACAAUGGUCUAAAGAUGCCUCUGUCAGGGACCUUACUGAGCAACGUUACCCGGCCGCAUUUGGAUGAUGGGUUGUCCAGCUGCGCUAAAUAUUUCACCAACUACUUCUUCUACAAGUUUGGGCUGGAGGCCUGCUUCAUGAUGGCGAUCAACCUCGUUGGACAGCGGAUGGACUUGUACUCUGCGAUCCAUGCCCUGUGCCUGACUACCAUCCUGUGCCGGCGUCGGAGAAAGGCCAUCGCGGAGAUAUGGCCCAAGUAUUGCUGUUUCAUCGCCUGCAUCAUUUCAUUCCAGUACUCCCUGUGUGUCGGAAUUCCUCCGUCUUUCUGCAAAGAUUAUCCUUGGAGGUCCAGCCUUGGACUGAGUUCCAAUCUCAUUAAGUGGCUGUAUCUGCCUGACUUCAUAAGAAAACCCAAUCCUAUGUUCCUCAUCUACGACUUCAUGUUGCUGUUGUGUGCAUCGAAGCAGUGGCAAGUGUUUGAGGAUGAGAACAAAGCGUCGGUGCGGCUGGUAGCAGGGGAGAACACUGAGAUCAGCCGCAGUCUGGAUGCGGCCACCUUCAGCCAGUACAUCCCCGUCAACAACUUCCUGCAUUGCAGGUCUUACUUAGACAUGUUGAAAGUGGUUGUUUUCAGCUACUUGUUCUGGUUUGUACUGUGCCUCAUCUUCAUCACUGGGACCAGCAGGAUCAACAUCUUCUGCAUGGGUUACCUGGUGGCCUGUUUCUACUUCCUGCUCUCCGGAGGACAGCUGCUUCUCAAGCCCGUCAAGGUCAUAGUCAGCCACUGGGACUACUUGAUUGGCUACACUAUCCUGGUCAUCGUGAUGAAGAAUAUGUUCUCCAUCGGAUCGUGUGUCUACUUGAAGAGUUUGCUUGAGGGGAACUGCUGGGUGGUGCAGACGUUUGGAAUGGCGUGCACCAUCAAGGAAUAUGAUCUGCCAAAUGCAGACAACCUACAUGAAACCUGCGAAGUCCCAAGCAAGCAAGCGGGUAUUAUCUGGGAUAGUGUCUGCUUCCUCUUCCUCCUGGCUCAGAGGAGAGUCUUUCUGAGUUAUUAUUUCCUGCAUGUGGUCACAGAUCUGAAGGUUUCGAAAAUCCUGGCAGCAAGAGGAGCUGAACUAUUUGAAGCAAAAGUCAAAAAAGGAGUCACAAUGAGACUGGAGAGAGAAAAGCUAUCCAUGGAGAUGCUGAAGAAGCAGAUGGAACGGAUCAAGGCUAAGCAGGAGAAGUACAAGCAAUCCAAAAUGCAAGUGGCAAAACCUGUCGGCAGCUCGUGCACAGUCAAUAACUUAAAGCCAGACAGUCAAGAACCAUGUCCAGAUAAUAUCAAAGCCAAAGUUGAAGGUGGCCAGACGAAUUGGUGGCAGCCCUGGAUAACUCAUACCUCAAUGAUCCAUUGUGGGAGCUACUAUCUGUUCGACACUGACAGUGAGGAUGAGGCAGAGGAAAGUGAAAUUGGUAAAGAAGUUACACGGAAAUCAUCAGCGUUCCAGUUUGCUUACGUGGCCUUGGUCAAAGACUCAAAAAUAGCAGUGAAGGAAAGACACAGGGAGUUGAAGAGGGUGAGGAAGGCACAGAGGAAGAAGGAGAGAAUGCAGCAAGACAUGAGCAGACUUGAUUCCAGUGAGGAUGAGUUGGAUCCCUCGAGUGGUCGAGAAACUCCCCAGGACCCAGAUAACUUCAUCAGGAGAGGUGUCAACAUCCUCACCUUCAGCUGGAUGUUUAUACAAGCAUUGGUCGAUGGGCUGAUCGAGCUACUUAAUACCAUCUCCAAAGACAACACUGACAUCUCCACUGUGUUGAGGAUAGAGAGGUCCAUUUUAAAAAGAGAAUUAAAACAGGGAAAGAAUCCAGACCAGGACAGUAUCCAUUGUUUUUAUAAAAUCAAACUGAGAAGCCAAGCAUCGUGCAACGCUGACAGUGACUGGGCCUUUGCUAGGACAACUGAAGGAGAGAGGAUGACAAUGUCAGGCUUCCGAAAACUGGCCAGCGCUAAUUCAACAUUCUCCAAGGACAGCAGUGUGUCAAGUUGUAGCACUGAAGUCACCAUGCUGGACUCCAGGCAGACCACCAUUGAUAAUGUAGAUGAGCCUGACGACUCCACUACCACUGUGGCCCCAUGGCCCAGCAAUCGCAGUAGGUGGAGACUGCAGAAGAUGCCCCAUGUUGACAUGUCCAGCUCGUUGGACAGUGAACAUUUGAGUGCACCGGGCCAGUCGGCAAUGCUACGCUCUGGCCAGGGGACCUCGGAGACCAUAGAGGAAGACGCGGAUGAAGUUGCUGCCGACGUCAUGGUAUCUCCGCGCGCCCACAAAGCUGCCGUCCUGCCAGGCUACGAUACAGUGGUCGGCAGCCCCUCCGAAGAGGACCUGGGCGGAGAGCAUGAAGAGAGGAUAUCACUAAGAGACCAAGCAACUCUUGCCUACGACAGCCGUCUGCUGACAGCAAGUGAUCUGAUGCUCAACAAGAUGUUUCAUGACACUGAACUGGAAGAGUCGGACAAGUUCUACAGAAAUUUGCCUUGCCUUUUGAAGCUGCUGUUUGCCUUGUACAACACGGUGAUGUCUCAGUCGGACAUGUUGUGCUACUUCGUAAUGAUCCUCAACCACAUGGUCUCGGCCUCAUUGCUCACCUUGGCUCUACCCAUCCUCGUCUUCCUCUGGGCAAUGCUUUCCAUGCCAAGGCCGAAGAAACGGUUCUGGAUGUUUGCCAUCCUGUACACUGAGAUUACAGUGGUUGUGAAAUAUUGCUUUCAGUUUGGAUUCUUCCCUUGGACCAAGUCUUCCUAUCGAUUGCUCUACUUUGAUCGGCCUUUCUACUUGCCCAACAUCAUUGGCAUUGAGAAGAAGGAUGGAUAUGUACACUAUGACCUCAUCCAGUUGCUGGCUCUGUUCUUGCAUAGGUCAGUCCUCAAGGGUCACGGUCUGUGGGACUCGCAUGAUGCGGUGAAGGAGCAGCGGCAAAGGAAGGGCCAAACGCCGGGAGAAGCGGAUGGAGAGAACGGCUGUGCGGAGACAGUGCAGACAACGGGAUGCCCCGACGCGGCCAGGCCCGCGGGAAGGAGGGGGUCGUCCAGGCGAUCGUCAGGGCGGCUGAAACGGGGAGACAGACCAAAAGCUUCAAAGAGGUCAAAAAAGAAGAAAAGAACACGGGCAAGAUUAAGAGAAAUCAUCAAGGAACAGAUCAGGGAAAAAGGGCAGAGAGUGAAAAGAUACAUUGUGGUUAAAGCUCUUCAGAUCUUCCUGCCUGUGAAGCAGUUCUUCCACAACAUCAUCCAUCCUGAGUAUAAUGCAGUGUGUGACGUCUACGCACUAAUGUUCCUGAUCGAUGUCAUUAACUUCACCAUCAUCGUAUUUGGGUAUUGGGCAUUUGGAAAACACUCAGUCGCUGCCGAUAUCACGGAGUCCAUCUCGGAGGACCACGUGCCCCAUGUGUUCCUGGUGAUGGUGCUGGUUCAGUUUGCCAGCAUGGUGGUCGACCGUGCACUCUACCUCCGCAAGACCGUCCUGGGCAAGGUUGUCUUUCAGAUUGUUCUGGUGCUCGGGAUCCAUUUCUGGAUGUUCUUUCUUCUCCCUGGGAUGACAGAGAGACGAUUUAACCAAAAUCAAAUCGCCCAGCUUUGGUAUUUUGUGAAGUGCGUUUACUUUGGUCUGUCAGCGUACCAAAUCAAAUGUGGCUACCCGAACAGAGUACUGGGCAAUUUCCUGACCAAGAGCUACAACUAUUUCAACCUCUUCCUCUUUCAGGGGUUUCGCAUGGUACCCUUUCUGAUGGAGCUGAGAGCGGUGAUGGACUGGGUUUGGACGGACACCACACUCAGCAUCUCCAGCUGGAUAUGCGUGGAGGACAUUUAUGCCAAUAUUUUCAUCCUGAAAUGCUGGAAUGAGUCAGAGAAGAGGUACCCUCAGGCAGUCGGCCAGAAGAAGAACAUGUUGGUGAAGUACGGGAUGGGGGGUCUCAUCAUCACUUUGCUGAUCUGCAUCGUGUGGUUCCCGCUGCUCUUCAUGUCCCUGGUUAAAUCAGUGGGUGGAGUGACCAGCCAACCCCUGGAUGUCUCCAUCAAGAUCAGCAUCGGCGGAUACGAGCCUCUGUUCACGAUGAGCGCGCAGCAGCAGAACCUCAAGCCGUUCUCCACCGCUGCCUAUAACCAUCUGACCAGUCAAUACAGCCUGUACCCGUCUGCUAUGCAGUUUUUAGUGAACUACAGGCCAGAAGACAUAAUAGUGGCUCACAUGAAGAGUGAUGCCAACCUGCUGUGGAACAUCAGUCCGGCCAGUCUCCGGGCCAUGAAGGAGGAAAUAAUCAACUCGUCACAGGUUCAUGUCCACCUGCAUUGGACCAUCCUGAGGAAUUCUUCUCUCUUGCUGAACCCAGAGACCUUUGGCAAACACACUGUGCUCUGCACAGGCAAGAAAGUCAGAAUGGAGUUGAUUCAGCUGUUGGAGGGAGUCCAUAAGAAGGUGGUUAUCGAGGGGUUAUUCCCAAAAUACAUUCGAGCGACACACGGGACUGAAGCCAUGCCAGCCUAUCGGCUGCGAUUAGGUAUGCGUGCUUCUAAAUAUGACCAGGACAACCUCGCUUUCUACAGGAACAUCUCUUUGCAGUUGGAAGAAGAGCCAGGACAAGACGGCACGUCACGCAAGGGCAAGUGGUGGAACAUCAAGGAGUGGAGUCCUGACUGUGCAGGGCAGGGAUGCAACAACAUGGAACUCAUCAUCUUCAACGAUAAAGUCAGCCCCACCAGUCUGGGAUUCCUGGCUGGAUAUGGUAUUGUUGGCCUGUACAUGUCUGUGGUGCUCGUCAUUGGGAAAUUUGUCCGUGAGUUUUUCAGUGGCAUCUCCCGCUCCAUUAUGUUUGAGGAACUGCCCAACCCUGAUCGAAUUUUGAAGCUGUGCACUGAUAUCUUCCUGGUCCGUGAGAUGGGGGAGUUAGAACUGGAAGAACAACUCUUUGCCAAACUCAUUUUCCUUUACCGAUCCCCCGAGACCAUGAUCAAGUGGACCAGGGAGAAAGAAGAGUGAUUACGGAUGAACUCAACUGUUUUUACAGACAGAAAAGGACUGAUAACUUCAGCAUUACACUGGGCAAGCUUAAUACCAGCCCUGGGCUCCUUUGUUGCAGUGCCAUGAAGGAGAGAAAAGAUUUGCAUGUUUGCUUGCUUCAGAACGCAAUCGAUUCAAUCUAUUAUUUCUCAUGUUUGUCCCUGAAGGCAACUGUUCUGUAGUGGGCAGGAACUAGCCUUAGUAUUAUUGGUCAAGCAAUAUUCACCUCUCAAGCCCCCUUCUGCCUCAGCCAUUGUACAGUUUUAUAGCCGAUGCUAUCUUUUGCUUUGAGAAUCUAACAACCCUUCAGAAAUAAGGGAAGCAGACACUGCUGCAAAUGAGUAAUAUUUUGGAUUCAACUCCAGCAAUUCAUCGUGCUUAACUCCUGUUUCAGCAUUUCUCUUUCCUCCAUCAGUGACUGGACCAUUUGCUGCUAAGCACAUUAUUACUAAACACUGGUACCACAUGAGAUGUGGUGUGUUGGACCUUAAGUGAUGAAAGGGAAGCACUUUGGAAAAGCUUGCCUACCUGCCUCACCAGACUGCAGGCUCAAUAGCUGACAGCAUCGCGAGGAGAAACUUAUUGUACUCGUUA